UCUCGUGCAGGCUCGGGUGCAGCUGGGGUCUUGCGGUCGGAAAAAGCGCCAAGUUCUGCGCACAUUGCGUGGUUUAUCAAAUUGUUUUCCAAAUAGACUAUGAAAUUGAAUAAGCUAUCGAAGAAAGCGAAAAUAAAGUAUAACAUGACUCAAUAAGGUGAGUAAACUAAAGUGGUUGGAUAUAUUUUGGUUAACUGGCCUUGCUAACAACUAAACCGCCCGGUGUUGUCGCUUUUUUUCCCCCCUCACUCACUGCGUAGCAAGAUGGCUAGCUAGCUAGCUGGCACGCUAACAUGAUGGUAGUUAGUUAGAUAAUUAUAACUUAGAAAUUACAUAUGACCAAAUUUUGUAAACGGCAUGUGUUGGUAAAUAGCUAACGUUACUUCGUUAGCUCGACGUUAUUGACAACCAGCUCAGCUUUUGUAUUUUGGUUAUCUUAAGUUAGCCUGCUAGGCAACCCAUCUGGUGCUAGCAGCGAGCUAGCUAACUUAGUUAGCUAGAUGAACUGAAUGCAUUUGCCACGAAGUUAGUCCUGUAGUCUAUCUAGUCAACAAACAAGUUAGUAUCAGCGUUGUUCACUUUUCUUUUUGCCAGUUAACUAUCUGAGAGGGAGGGAGCACAAACUUGAUAACGAAAUUCACCCAGUCUCACUUUCGCUCUGUUGCCAGUGUGGAGCGCUGUUGUGUUGGCUGUGUAUCAUAAAUUACUAAAGACGGUCGAAGAUGCCCGGCCUACAGGGCGAUGGCGCGGCUCUUGGGAGCCCCAUCAAAAAGAGCAAACUAUCUCUGAAGUUUUUCCAGAAGAAGGAUACGAAGCGAGCAUUGGACUUCUCUGAACCUCAAGUAGAGGAACCAAAACCAGCCCCAGUUGAACCUGAGGAUCCUGCAAGGUGAGUAACAGUUUUGACCAGGUAACUAAUGAUAAAAUAAAGGCUGACAAUGCAUUUCCACAACACGAUGGGGGUGAUCAAACAACGUAGCCCAGUUCAAUUUCAAUGGAGGAAAGUGAAGUGUGCGAUGGGAGCUGAACAGUGUGGGACCGAAACAGAACUUUAAGCAAAUGUUCCAAUAAUGCGACGCUAUUGAGCAAUCAAAGCUCACUAUAGCUUCCAGACAAUACAGGAUUGGCUGUUGAUACCUAGCCUGCUUGCUAGCACCCACAUGAGGGCGAAGUUAGAGUGGCUAUUCUAAUGAUCAUGUUUUGUGGAAAUCCCUUCUGAGGUAGCAUCUUGUUCGCACCGCCCACUCAAUUUAAAGUACUGUGUGAAUUGGCAACUAUUUUAAAUAUCUCCUCAGAUGUUCUUAGGAAUAUGGUUUUGAGAACCUUUCAUUGUAUUCAUUAUUUUCUAGCUGUGACCAGGUUGUGCCAAUCCCACUGCCUGGACAUGCCCCGUGUCCAACCUCUCCCAUCCGCCCCAGUGAUAAUGGAGAGGAGACCCUGGUGCCCUUUGUUGGGCUCAAUAACCUGGGAAACACCUGUUACCUGAACAGUAUUCUACAGGUGUGGUAUUUCAUUCUCAACAGCUGCAUCAUGCCAUCAACAUUUUGAUAACAGUAUAGGUAGGCUCAUUAUUAUCAUACUAAAUAGUUUAGAAAUGAAACUUUUCUUUAUCACCAACCCAGGUAUUGUACUACUGUCCUGGGCUCAGAGAUGGCAUCAAGAACCUCUACAAUUUGUCCAAAACAAGGGACAAGCAAAAGGAAGAGGCUGCUAAUAGUGAUGAGGUAUGUUACCUAUGUACAACAAUGUGAGGUUGACCAUGCGGUUGGAUUUUAACAGUGAGGAGGAGACAGCAGUUCUUUACUUUUCUUGCACAGUGAGGCUUUUAUUAAAGGUGAGGAAUAAACAGGCGCCCAAUAUUUACAGAAAUAACAAACUGGUCAAAGAGCAACAAAGAACAAACUGAAUCAUAUUAGCUUGUUCAAGAGAGAACCCAAGAUUCAAUCAUGCCUGAAAAAUCUGGCAGCAUGUCGACCUGUUCCCUGUCUGUCUCCCUAAAACUAAUGGUGGACGACUCCAGGAUUUUUGGAGUCUACUCCUGUGGUUGGAGUCGAAGUAGUUAACUCUUGCUCGACUCCCAAAACACUCUGAAACGGAUGUGCACACCAUCUAAUUAUUGCAGUCCUACUAGGAAGACGACAUUUCAGUUUAAGAAGACCGACAUGAGCAUGAUGCUGCCCAUUUGCUCAUCAAUUUAGCCAAUAAAAGGCCUAUUUUGUUAGAAUAAAGAAGGUGAUGUGUAGGAACUCAAAUAUUUCAGUGAUAUUUCUGCGGUGCGCAGCAGCCUUGACGGAUCCCAUGGGAUGAUGCGGUGCACUCUACUUUGAUAAGCCUAUUCUUUGCCAUGUUUUAGCCCUAUUCGGACAGGUAUUACAAGACGUUGGUUAUGUAAUUAUUAUCCAAGCAUGUGCGUUAUUCCAGAGGAUUCACACAGGAUUCGUUUUUUCCAAACUGCCCCCUGUAAUUCGUAUUUUUUUCAAAUUAAAUUGACUCAUGACGAAAACUAGGAGGUUUUGAUUCUAGCCGUGAAGAUAUUUCAACGUCAUGUCUAGAUGAUAAUAAUAGACCACUGAACUAGGAUUGGGCAGGGUCCAGAUUUUCAUAUUGUCAUACCGUCCUUCUCUCAUCCCAAGAUUUACUGGUUUAGUACACAAGGGGGCAUAAAAAACCCCCGCAAAAAGGCCCAUUGGGCAUCAGUUACCAGAAUUCUAACGAAAUUAGCACAAGUAAUAGCGAAUUUCCAUGGAGGCUGCUAGCUAAAUAUGCUAAGGAGCGCAAACAAAAAUAAACAAAUUGCAAAGAUAGCCAAUCCAGCUCAUAAAGUUAUACAUAUAUAGGUAGGAGCUACCGAAUGUCAUUUUUGGUGAGUUUGGACAUUUACAAGCAAAUGUGAAUGAGCCGUUGUGCAAAUGAACAAAGUUUUGAUGCUUGCUUGUCUGAAGGAAGGAUAGUACUGGCUCUGGAGCAGAAUGUGUACAUGCUGUGUCUGUGUUGAGUCGCUAGGGCAACGUGCCUGCCUGCUCUGCUCAGAUAAGAGGGGGGAGGAGCAGACAGGCCGAUAAUGGAGAGGAGAAAAAAACGCAAGGAAAUCAAGAUACUUUUGGUCAUGUAGUGUAUGUGGACACCUGCUCGUCGAACAUCUCAUUCCAAAAUCAUGGGCAUUAAUAUGGAGUUGGUCCUACCUUUGCUGCUAUAACAGCCUCCACUCUUCUGGGAAGGCUUUCCACUAGAUGUUGGAACAUUGCUGCGGGGACUUGAAACAGCCCCAGACUAUUAUUCCUCCUCCACCAAACUUUACAGUUGGCACUAUGUAUUGGGGCAGGUAGCGUUCUCCUGGCAUCCGCCAAACCCUGAUUUGUCCGUCGGACUGCCAGAUGGUGAAGCGUGAUUCAUCACUCCAGAGAACACAUUUCCACUGCUCCAGAGUCCAAUGGCGCUGAGCUUUAUACCACUCCAGCUGACACUUGGCAUUGCGCAUGGUGAUUUUAGGCUUGUGUGCGGCCGCUCGGCCAUGGAAACCCAUUUCAUGAAGCUCCCGACAAACCGUUAUUGUGCUGACGUUACUUCCAGAGGCAGUUUGGAACUGUGUAGUGAGUGUUGCAACCGGGGACAGACAAUUUUUACGCGCUAUGCUCUUCAGCACUCGGCUUUCCCGUUCUGUGAGCUUGUGUGGCCUACCCCUUCACGGCUGAGCCGUUGUUGCUACUAGAAAUUUCCACUUCACAAUAACAGCACUUACUGUUGACCGGGGCAGCUCUAGCAUGCAACAAUUUAAACUAUUUUAUUGAGUUACAGUUCAUAUAAGGAAAUCAGUCAUUUUAACUAAAUUCUUUAGGCCCUAAAUCUAUGGAUUUCACAAGACUGGGAAUACAGAUAUGCAUCUGUUGGUCACAGAUAUACUGUACCUUUUAAGAAAAGGUAGGGGCGUGGAUCAGAAAACCAGUCAGUAUCUGGUGACCACCAUUUACCUCAUGCAGCGUGACACUUCUCCUUUGCAUAGAGUUGAUCAUGCUGUUGAUUGUGGAAUGUUGUCCCACUCCUCUUCAAUGGCUGUUCGGAGUUGCUGGAUAUUGGUGGGAACUGGAAAACGCUGUCGUACACGUUGAUCCAGAGCAUCACAUGCUCAAUGGGUGACAUGUCUGAGUAUGUAGGCCAUGGAAGAACUGGGACAUUUUAAGCUUCCAGGAAUUGUACAGAUCCUUGCGACAUGGGGCCGUGCAUUAUCAUGCUGUAACAUGAGGUGAUGGCGGCGGAUGAAUGGCACGACAAUGGGCCUCAGGAUCUCGUCAUGUUUUCUGUGCGUUCAAAUUGCCAUCGAUAAAAUGCAAUUGUGUUCGUUGUCUGAAGCUUAUGCCUGCCCAUACCAUAAGCCCACCGCCACCAUGGGGCGCACUGUUCACAACGUUGACAUCAGCAAACCGCUCGCUCACACGAUGCCAUACACGCUGUCUGCUAUCUGCCUGGUACUGUUAAAACCGGAAUUAAUCUGUGAAAAGCACACUUCUCCAGCGUGCCAGUGGCCAUCGAUGGUGACCAUUUGCCCACUGAAGUCGGUAACGACGCCGAACUGCAGUCAGGUCAAGACGAUGGUGAGGACGACGAGCACGCAGAUGAGCUUCCCUGAGACCGUUCCUGACAGUUUGUGCAGAAAUUAUUCGAUUGUGCAAACCCACAGUUUCAUCAGCUAUCAGGGGGGCUGAUCUCUGACGAUCCCGAGUGGCGCAGUGGUCUAAGGCAGCUACUCGCAGUGCUAGCUGUGCCACUAGAGAUCCUCGUUCGAGUCCAGGCUCUGUCGCAACCGGGAGACCCAUGGGCAGCGCAAAAUUGGUCCAGCGUCGUCCAAGGUAGGGGAGGGUUUGGCCGGCAGGGAUGUGGGUUCGUUUCCCACGGGGGCCAGUAUGGGGAGAAAAAAUAAUAAUUUAUGCACUCACUAAUUGUAAGUCGCUCUAGAUAAGAGCGUCUGCUAAAUGACUUAAAUGUAAAUGUGAAGAAGCCGGAUGUGGAGGUCCUGGAUUGGUGUGGUUACACUUGGUCUGCGGUUGUGAGGCCGGUUGGACGUACUGCCAAAUUCUCAAAAUGAUGUUGGAGGCGGCUUUUGGUAGAGAAAGGAACAUUAAAUUAUCUGGCAACAGCUCUUGUGGACAUUCCUGCAGUCAGCAUGCCAAUCACACGCUCCCUCAAAACUUGAGACAUCUGUGGCAUUGUGUUGUGUGAAAAAAAUAAAAAAUAAUGUGUAGCCUUUGUAGGGUCUGACCCCAAUUAGUCAACUGGUUGAUUGUUUGGUCAAUAGGGUGUUAGUCGUCCAAUUAUUUUUUAAAAUUGUCACAGUAGCAAAUGUAUGUACACUACCAGUCAAAAGUUUGGACAUACCUACUCAUUCAAAGGUUUUUCUUUAUUUUAACUAUUUUUUUACAUUGUAGAAUAAUAGUGAAGACAUCAAAACUAUGAAAUAACACAUAUGGAAUCAUGUAGUAUCCAAAAAAAAAUGUUAAACAAAUCAAAAUAUAUUUUAUAUUUGAGAUUCUUCAAAUAGCCACCCUUUGCCUUGAUGACAGCUUUGCACACUCUUGGCAUUCUCUCAACCAGCUUCACCUGGAAUGUUUUUAGUUGUUGGCUUUAUGUAGGCUAUUUUUACAUAGGCCUAGUUGACAAUGGCAAUAGAAGUUACUUUUUAGGUUUGUAUCAUUUUCAUUUGGAUAGACUUGAUUAAGCACAUGGCAGAUCAGUAUCAAUGGUAAGAAAAAUUGGCAUUCCACAUGAGAAAGGUUGCCAACUCCUCAUGUAGUCUAUUCCCGGCAACUUCAGGAGAGUAAUGGCAGAAUCUGCUAAAGCCAGCAGGAGCGAGAGGAGGGUGUGCAAAACUGUCAUCAAGGCAAAGUGUGACUACUUUGAAGAAUCUAAAAUAUGAAAUAUAUUUUGAUUUGUUUAACUUUUUUAGGUUACUACAUGAUUCCAUGUGUUAUUUCAUAGUUUAGAUGUCUUCACUAUUAUUCUAACAAUGUAGAAAAUAGUAAAAAUAAAGAAAAACCCUUGAAUGAGUAGGUGUGUCCAGACUUUUGACUGGUACUGUAUAUAUACAUACAUACUUUUGGUGAAUUUACAAGGCAUUGCGAGAUACAGAUUACCAAGCUAUAGCCUAUGCGCACGGUUCCAACAGUCUGUCUGCCCCGUUCCUCGCUGGCUCGCCUGCUCUUUCUCUUUGCUAUGAAAAACACUAGUGUGUGUCUGGUCUUCAGUCUGCUGCGUGUAGAAUAGCUCAUCCUACUCAUUUAUAGUCCCUACUUUAGUGAACUUGCGCGAGACAUUGCAAGCCAUGAAAUUGCCUAGGUACAGCAUUGCGAUAGCCUAUACAUCUUUUGAUUACCGAUGCAUGGUUCUGAAUGUCUGCCUGGUGGCUGACAUGCCUGCCUGGCUGUGCCCUCUCUCUCGUUAGCUGUGAAAGAUGCAAGAGUUUGUUCUCGGAAGUAACUUACGGCAACUAGUUUCCUCCGUUGCAAAAAUACUGAAUCUUAGGAGUAGAUCGGACUACCCAUCAUGCAAUAGCCAAUGAGAGUCAGUUUCACAUCAGUAAACGCAAUUAACAUUACAAUGCACAAAUUACAAUCCAGAGAUUAAAGGUCAUAAUCAUGCAUACAUUUAUACCAGCACACAUCUCAAUAAAGGUGCUAACCCCUCAGAAUAUUAAAUAAAUACAUGAGCUUUUCGUAAAUAGUGUCUGGUUAUUAUAAUCCAGCAAGACUGUAGGUUCCCUAUGAUGUUUCCAAUAUAGAGAUGCGUUUUUAAGACUACAGUCACCAUGUGCUUCAGUUACACUGUCGUCAAUGCUGCCUGUACUAGCGUGUUUAAAUCUUUUGAACGUAGAGCAUAUGAAUACUAUAAUAACAGUAAUCACUCUUUCUUCCUCAGCAGACGGAGAGUCCAGAGGAGGCGGUGCCGGUGCACAUGGAACUGCUGGGUAGUUUCCACAGUCUGAUCACCUCAGUGGAGCAGCUCCAGUCCAGCUACCUGCACAACCCUGACAAGUACAGUGAUGGGGAGCUGGCCACACCUCCACGCAAACUACUAAACACACUCAGGUCAGACCCCAGCACUACAGCAAGGCCCUGCAAUACUGGGUCACAUUCAUUAGGCAGAAUAUUCUGAUAUUAUGGUGGUUUAUGGGUGGAGCGAUGAUAUAGAACACCAGGGUUUUAGCUUUACAGAAAACCUCCUCAAAUCAGGGUUUCAACAUCCUUGAACAAGAUGUUUGGUAUUGUAUUUGACUGACUGAUGGUUGUGUGUUUACAGACAGCUGAACCCCAUGUACGAGGGCUACCUACAGCAUGAUGCCCAGGAGGUGCUGCAGUGCAUCCUGGGAUACAUCCAGGAGGCCUCAGAGACCAUCAGGAAGGAACAGGAGGGUGACCAGGACAAUGAUGUCAUAGAGGUCAAGCCAGACAGUGCCUCUCCUGUGGGCACCAACGGCGCUUCAACAGAGGAGCAGGCCAAAACUUCAGAAACAUCCCUUGACGAUGACGGCCAAACCAGUGGUAAGAGGAAGAGCGAUACAGAGGCAGGCAACGCCAAGAAGAAGCCCAAAUCCAAGAAUGCUGUUGUGGCCGACGAUGGCAAACCCCUCACCCGCUCCAAGAGGAAGUUCUCCGGUGGCAUCACUGUAGCGCCAAAAGACAAAGGUGAAGAAGAGGGGGAGAAAAAGCAGGAAGAUAAGGGAGAGAAGGAGGAAAGCGACGUGGAGGGGAAAGGAGAGGUAGAGGUGGCCCCUAAAGAGGCGGAGGUGAAGAGGAAGAAGAGGCCCAAGCUGAGCUGGCUGAGGCCCUCAGGGAAGCAGCCCAGUAUCUUCUCUAAGUUCAUGACCAUGGGACGGAUCAGCUGCCACACAGGGGGGAAGACGGAGACGGCCAAACCUGGCCAGGAGGAGACAGGUCCUAGCCAACCUCAGGAGAAUGAUUGUGGGGAACGCGGGAUGAACCCUCAGGAGAAGGUAACAAAAGUGCCUGGGGAGGAGAAAGCUAAAAGUGAAGGUGAGUUUAUAGUUGUUGAAUCAUGCUGUUGGAAACAAACUUGGUCAUCGAUCAUGUCCUGUCUGUCACAGGUUUUGUGCCCUUGCUUUAGCCAUUGUUUUGUCUGUUAUUAUGUUGAACGCUGACUGUCCCCUCUCCCUCUCUCCUGUCCAGAGUGCCUGGGUGUGGACUUGAUGGAGCGUCUGUUCCAGGGCCGACUGGUGUUGAGGACACGCUGUCUGGAGUGUGAGUGUUACACUGAGAGGAGAGAAGACUUCCAGGACAUCAGUGUCCCAGUGCAGGAGGAAGAACCCUGCAGCCCAGACAGCAGCUCAGAGGGUAAGGAGAGUUGUGUACACACUCACACGGUGUUCUUGUAUAAAAGGGCAAGUUCUGCAGCGCUAGACUGAACUAUACACACAAGGCACAUACAUGAACAGUCACCACACAAACAAGCUGUCAAAGAUCAGCCGAAGCACAACGCUGUCUCACAAAUGUCUAUCCUCUCCUGUUCCAACUACCUCACCCAAACCCCAGUCUCCCCUGAUCCCAAACCGGCGCUGAAGACUCUGAAGUGGGCCAUCUCCCAGUUUGCCUCAGUGGAGAGGAUUGUAGGAGAGGACAAGUACUUCUGUGAGACCUGCCACCACUACACAGAGGCUGAGAGGAGUCUCCUGUUUGAUAAAACCCCAGAGGUCGUCACCAUCCAUCUCAAGUGCUUCUCAGCCAACGGGUUAGAGUGAGUCUUUAGUAAUAGUUUCCUCAGAGCCUGUCUGUCACAACAUCAAAAUCCACACAAUCCGAUACAACACAUGAAUGUAAUACCGUAUUAAUACAAUGGCACAUGGUAAGCAGAUCUCAGGAAAAUUAGGGACCUCUCCAUCAUGUUACCCAGCACGUGUAAACUGACUCCCUCUGUUGUUCAGGAUGGACCCGUACGGUGGCCUCUCAAAGGUGAACACCCCCCUACAGACCCCUCUGAAGCUCUCCCUGGAGGAGUGGUGCACUCACCCCUCAGCCACUGCCACCGGCGGGAAGCACUACCAGCUGUUUGCUGUGGUCAUGCACAGCGGGGUCACCAUCUCCAGCGGACACUACACCACUUACGUCAGGAUGAUGGACCUUAAGGACACCAAGGUCUGCCUGCCCGAGGGGGAUGAGAAGCAGGUAGAAGAGGAGUGUGGUGAGAAAGUGCACGGUCCGCAACCCAAAGAAGAGGUGCUGGAUUAUGAUGAUGGGGAAGUGUCCUUCAGUCUCCAUGGUAAAACAGGACAGAGUGGUGCUGUGAAUACUAACUCCGCUAGCACCACCAACACCAGUAAGAUGGGCUCCAAGAAGGCUUCAGAGGGGGUGGGACUCCUGGGGGGCCAAAGGAGCCUGUCCAGCUAUGACCUAGGGGGCAACAAGCAGACAACCAACCCAGACAAAGCUGCCUCUACUGGGGCAGAGAGCACUGCCACCAGAUCAUCCAGACGGACCUCCAGUGCCCCGGGACACAGCGGUAGUGGAGGGGUUAAGAAGGAGGGUGAGGGGGGCGAGGAGGCCUCUGUGGCUGGGUGUGAGGGGGCUGGGGUGGCUACGGAGCAGGCCCUAAGCAGCCUGCUGCAGUAUGAAGGGAAGUGGAUGCUGUUUGACGACUCUGAGGUGCGUCUGUUUGAGGAGGAGGACUUCCUGAGAGCCUGUUCUCCAGAAACCUGCUCCACAUCUACCCCAUAUCUUCUGUUCUAUAGGAGGGUC